UAAAUCCUAAAAAGAGGAUGGAAGCGGGAGCUGCAACAAAUGGUGGUUUGACCACAGCUGAUGAGGAAACUAAUCGCCAGAGCAGAAGAAAGGAGGGAGGGCCUUCUCUCAACAGUUUAGCCAUCAUGAGAAAAGCAACCACACCAACCAACAUUUCGUCCGUGGAAAUCAAGGAUUGGCGUCGCGUCGUAUACGAAGGAGUGCUCCUGGAAAACAAUACACAGAAGUUUUGGGUUGACGAAAAGCUUCACAAGAACUGCUUCCUGGUGCUUCCCAAGGCAUUUCACAUUGCUGGGGGCGAUGAAGAAAGUUGCUGGAAGUGGAUCACCGUCAAAGAAACCUGUUUUCGCAGCCCUGUCGACAUACCCGUCCCCAGAUUAGUGCAGUUAUCCUGGGUCUAUAUGCAGGGAAAAUUCAGAACAAGUGCGCUCUCCCCCAACACGACGUAUGAGGUCGCAUUCGUGGUCAAACUCAGUAGAAAUAGCUACAAAUGGCCUCUGCCAGUGAACAUCGAGCUCGACCUGCCGGAUGGGAACAAACUGAUCCGCACAGAGAAUCUGGAGAGGAAACCAAAGGAGAAAUGGAUGAAGCUCCGCGCCGGUGAAUUCAUGAUGGACCCGAAGACGGUGGGGACGAUUGUUUUCACCCUCCACGAGACGUGCCAAAUGUAUAAGUCGGGCCUCAUCCUCAAGGGCAUUCUUAUUCAUCCCAAGAAUUAAGCAAUGCAUACACUAGGCUGAUACCGUGGAGCACAAGUUCUUGUUAGCUAUAUCACAUGAUCCUUAAUUAUGAAAGAGAUCUUUUGUUCGCUGAAUGUGACAUGCGCUCAGGGAGAAAAAUCAUAUCCUUUUGAGCUAAUAGCGAUACUUGGCUCAGCGU